UUUAAAAAUUAUUUUAAUUGAAUAAUUUUCUUAUGUUUCCUAGAAGCAGUAGCAAUGAUGAUACAGGGAUAGCCUUACGGUAUAAUAAAAUGAUGAGCAGGCCUAAUUUCACAGACAUGCCAUUCAAUCCAAUUCUUCACAAAUUUAAUUCAACCCAAGCUGUUUCUGCUGCAAGGGAAGCGAAUAGCAAGAAGACCUCUUGGAAAAGCCGGAACUUUCUUAAGGUGAAAAUAAAUGAUUAUGGAGGAAAAGUAUAUGAUGAGCACCAAGUGCCUCCAGCCAUAAAGUACCUAAAUCCGAAGGAUAUAUGUCAAAAGAAUACUAAAAGCGCUUAUGAUCCUAUUAAAUACGAGACUAACCAUUUCUCAAUGCCCACUAGGCAUAGGAAGAGACCUGAAAUAGAUGCUAAUCAUACCAUUACAAUAAGUGAUGUGAACUAUAGAGAUAAUAAAGCAAUGAAUCACUAUAACAGAGAGGUCUCUAAAAGAACUAAAUUUCUGAAAUAACAGAGGAAAUAAAUUUUUAGCAAGAUAUGCUUUUGAUAAGAAUAUCAAGCAUAUCGACAGACAAAGAAACGCUAGUAUUGAAAAUUUACCUAAGAAUAAGCUCUCUUUUGAGGUGGAAAAGGAACUGGAAAGAGGAUACAACAUUCUAUCUCUAAAUUCCCAAUACCAGCUUCCCACAGAAUCUAAAGCAAGGGAUUUGAAAAGAAGAGUCCAAGGGCGUCUUAACCUAUCUAAUGACAAUUAUUCCUCUUCUAUUAGACCUAGUGUCUGGGAUCAGAUAAAUAUGACAGGGGAGAAAGACAAAGCAAGACAGAGAAUAAUUGAAAGCUUAAAAACCUCUCAUAGUAUGUCAAAGGAAAAUAGGCUAAUUUCAAAAAGAGUAUCAUACCAAAAUCUCAAGACCUCAGACUCUAUUAAAUCCAAUCUCCACAGGAGUGAUCGUUACUGUGCACAGGGGAUGAAUAGUAGGGCUAAUCUCCGGGAAUCACUUGAUAACGCUCCGAUUCAUAGCUAUGGCAACGGAUCAGCUAAUAUUCUUGGUAAGAGCCCAAUGAGCAAGUCUCUUGCUUCAAUAAAUAGCAGAAAAUAGAUAUUAAAAUUGAAUAUUUCAUUAAUUUC